AUGGCCGCGGAUAUUGCCGUUUCAGCAGCAUUGGCAUUAGUUGAGAAGGUCGCAAGCUUCGUCGACAAAAUACGCAAAAGUCCGAGCCAUGUCCGUGAAGCUCUUGAUAAGGCAAGAACUUGUUUGGAGAGGAUGGAUGCCUAUCUAACGACGUCCCAAGCACGGAUUGAUCAAGGCAAUCAAGUGCAGCUUCAAGCUCGUGUUAAACAGGUCCGAGAUGUAGUUCAUUACAUUGAGGAUGCACUUGACGAGUUCACAAUUCAGGUUCCCCAUCAUUCCCAGUAUACCCAUUGGUAUUCUGGGAUGACACGCUGCGCUGCUCAUUCCACGUCUUAUUGGUUAGCAAGUAACAGAUUGUCCUCCGAAAUUGAAGUUAUUAUUACAAAUAAGAUCGGUUUUCUUAGAGAACUCGAUGGACUCACACAAGAAGGCCAACCAACUUGUAGCACAAGCCAGCAGCAUGGAGGUACUUUGACCCCGCAAGUUCUUGAAGACGAUGAAAUAGUGGGCUUUGACGUGCCUAAACAAAAACUCAUUGAACAGUUGAUGAAAGGAGAUCCAAAGCGUCUGACGAUUUCCAUUGUAGGUCCUGGCGGCUCCGGCAAAACCACUAUCAUGAGGAAUGUUUACGACACUAAAAAGGUUCAAAGGAAUUUUAAUUGCCGAGCUUGGAUCGAUGUGUUGCGUCCUCUAAAUCUCGAAAAUGUGUUGCGCACCAUGUUGAGCAGUUUUGAUCCAAAAGGAAAACGGCAGGAACCAGAAGGAACAAUUAAUUGUCUAAAAGAAAAAUUGAAACUACUUCUGCAGAAAAAGAAGUUUCUGGUUGUCUUGGAUAAUGUUUGGCGUAACGAGGAUUUGGAGUCCAUUGUAAAUGCACUGCCCAAUGGUUCCCCUGGGAGUAAAAUACUCGUAUCAACUCGUACGUCUGAUGUUGCUUCUCAUUCCUCCAAUAACUACAUCCAUGACUUGAGUCGUGGCUUAUCAAAGCAACAUGCCCGGUAUCUGUUCUGCAAGAAGGCUUUUCCAAAUAAUAAUAAUAAUAAUAACUGUCCACAGGAGCUUGAGGAGUGGGUUGAAAAAUUCCUGAAGAGGUGUGACGGUUUGCCUUCUGCAAUUUCAGCUGUUGGUGCCGAUCUAGCAAACAAGCGGCAUUCUCCAGUUGAGUGGAAGAAGGCAUAUGAAAGCUUUGAAAGUUGGGGGUUGAGCUACAGGGAUCUUCCAAGCCCGCUUAGAAGUUGGGAGUUGAGCUACAGGGAUCUUCCAAGCCAGCUUAAAAGUUGUUUCUUGUACUUCAGCGUGUUUCCAGAAGACUACUCUAUCAAACGUGAGAAGCUAAUUCGCUUGUGGAUAGCCGAAGGAUUUGUGAAGCCAGAGGGUAGAAAAACAAUGGAGGACGUUGCAGAAUGGUAUCUAAAUGAACUGGUUGGUAGAAACUUGGUUAGCGUCAGCAGCAAGGAAACUGAUGGACAAGUAAGGAGGUGUCGUGUUUCGAAUCUUGUUCACCACUUCAUCAUUUCUAAACCUGAGAAUUUUCUCUGUGUUUUGAAAGCGAACCACAGUACUACUGAUUCAGGUACAAAAAUUCGACGCCUUUCUGUUCAAGAUGACAACAUCACUAUAUCAGGGUCUGCAUAUGAUUUGAAUGGUAUUCGUACCUUGCUAGUAUUUGGCCAGGGGAGUUCUAAUAAUUUCCGCCAGUUUGGAAAUGUACUUAAAAACUUCAAGUUUUUAAAGGUUUUAGAUUUGCAAGGUGCGCCUUUGAAGAAGUUUCCAAAAGGUGUUGUCGGUCUCACCCUCUUAAGGUAUUUGAGCCUAAGGGAAACUAAGAUUAAAAGAGUUCCAAGGUCCAUUAUCAAGCUUGGAUUCUUGGAAACCUUAGAUCUUAAACACACCCAGAUAACCCAUUUGCCAAAAGAGAUAUGUAAACUCUCCAAUCUGCGCCACCUCUUAGUCCAUCACUGGGAUGCUACAUCUAAAAAUAUCCAAGCGGUAGUGGUUUCUUCAGGAAAUAUUAAAGCCCUACGGUCCAUACAAAAGUUGUCACUAAUUGAGGUGAAAAAGAGAAACAAUAGAAAGCUCAUAAAAGCCUUGGGAGAGUUGGUAGAUCUAAGGAAGUUGGGGCUGCAAGUAGAUCUUGCAAGUCAAGAAGAUAGAAGACAAUUAUGUUCAUCCAUUCAGAAAAUGAAACAUCUUUCCAUGCUUGAUCUAAGAUCAAAGAGCUUGGAAGUGUAUCUAGAUUUGGAUCAUAUGGAAUCCCCACCUAAGUAUGUACAACGUCUACAUUUGGAAGGGCUCCUAGACACGCUGCCGCGGUGGAUCCCCAAGCUUGAAAGUCUGUCCAAGAUAGCUCUAAAGUGCUCAAAACUGAAUGAUAGGGUGGAACCCCUUGAGGCCCUUGAGUCUUUGCCUAAUCUGAUGGAGCUCGACUUGGUUGAUUAUUCCGAAGGGGAAGUGUUGAAAUUCAAAGCUGGAACGUUUAAAGAACUAAUUCUAGUAAGUAUAGAACAAUUUGAUCAGCUAAGAAAGAUGGUCAUCGAGAAUGGGGCGAUGCCUAAGCUUAAGAAGCUAACCAUAUCCAAAUGUCGCAAUCUGGAGUUAGUUCCAAAGGGCAUCGACGGUCUCACAUCCCUCGACCAACUGUGUGUAAAUGACAUGCACACGAAAUUCAUUGCUCACUUGAAAGGCAUAGCGAAGAGAAGCAGCUGGGAUAUUUUUCGACGCAAGAUUUCAGGAGGUUGCAAGAUUGUUAUUGAUGGCACUGAGCAACCUUGA